GUAAGGGCUGUGCGCAAUGUUGUUGCUGUGAGAGCGUGGGACUCUAGGCGGCAGUAGAGAGCAAACAAACGUGCCUGCUUGAUCAUUAACACAGCGGAAAUCGACGCAGCACUCGCAUUGACAAUUCAGACACAUUGUGAGCAAGAGAGAUAGAACAAAAAAAAACACUGCUAUACGCACGGAGAGACAAGAAAACAAUACAGAACCAGGAGGUUUCUAAUCAGGUGGAUAGAGUGCUGUUCAAUAGAGAGGCCCAACUGAAGCAGCAGCCAUGCCAUUCCCCUUUGGCAAGUCCCACAAGUCUCCUGCAGACAUUGUGAAAAACCUGAAAGACAGCAUGGCAGUACUAGAAAAACAAGACAUCUCGGAUAAAAAGGCAGAAAAGGCAACAGAAGAAGUCUCAAAGAACUUGGUGGCCAUGAAGGAGAUCUUGUAUGGCACGAACGAGAAGGAGCCUCAGACAGAAGCAGUGGCUCAGCUGGCCCAGGAGCUGUAUAACAGCGGUCUCCUUAGCACACUAAUAGCAGAUUUGCAACUCAUUGACUUUGAGGGUAAAAAAGAUGCUGCUCAGAUUUUCAACAAUAUUCUCAGAAGACAGAUUGGCACAAGGACCCCUACAGUAGAAUACAUCUGCACCCAGCAGAACAUACUUUUCAUGUUGUUAAAAGGAUAUGAAUCUCCUGAAAUUGCUUUGAAUUGUGGUAUAAUGCUGAGGGAAUGCAUCAGACACGAACCAUUGGCUAAAGUCAUCCUGUGCUCUGAGCAGUUCUACGAUUUCUUCAGAUACGUGGAAUUGUCAACAUUUGAUAUCGCGUCUGAUGCGUUUGCCACGUUUAAAGAUUUACUUACAAGACACAAGCUACUGAGUGCAGAAUUCUUGGAACAACAUUAUGACAGAUUCUUUAGUGAAUAUGAGAAACUACUCCAUUCAGAAAACUACGUGACGAAAAGGCAGUCUCUGAAGUUGCUUGGAGAGCUCCUUUUAGAUCGACACAAUUUCACAAUUAUGACCAAGUACAUCAGCAAGCCAGAGAAUCUGAAAUUAAUGAUGAACCUUCUAAGAGACAAGAGUCGCAAUAUCCAGUUUGAGGCCUUCCAUGUCUUCAAGGUGUUUGUAGCCAAUCCCAACAAGACCCAGCCCAUCUUAGAUAUAUUGCUGAAGAAUCAGGCAAAACUUAUUGAGUUUCUUAGCAAGUUCCAGAACGACAGGACCGAAGAUGAACAAUUCAAUGAUGAAAAGACCUACUUGGUGAAACAAAUCAGGGAUUUGAAGAGACCAGCCCCACAGGAAGCAUAAACCUUCAUUUAUUAACCGAAAUUACAACCGUGAAAUCAGCAACUACUGUUAGAUAUUGAACAUUAAGCACCCUUCAAUUCAUGAGGAGUAUUCCUGCUAAUCUGCUGUUCAAUGAACAUUUUUUUCUUAUGUUUUUUUGGGUUCAAGAUAAAACUACUGCUUUCUUGCACAUUAGAACACAAUGUGGACUUAUUACUGAAGUAUUUAGUUAUUCAAGCAAUGCAAAACAACUUUUUUUUUUUUUUUUUAAGUGUUUUCUAGUACAUUUAUUAAAGCGCACAAACAGAUUAUAGCGUGGGUUUGUAAAGGAAGGGUUCUGGCAGUUGAAUUUGAAAGGUUGCAUGCCUUUUAAAAUCUGAUGGUUUAUCAGUGUAUUUGCCCCUGCUUUCUUUUGCUGAGUGUUGAGCACACCUGUGAUCUGUGCUCACCUUAAUGCACGCGCAUUACAGUAUUAAAAUAGCUACAAAUGUAUGCCUUGAUUUAAAAUUUUAAAAAGAUUGUGCUUUAUCGUAAUUAGAUGGGGAACUUGCAACUACAGACUUGUUUUGUAAAAGAAAAAAAAAAGUUUCUUUGUUACAAAAUGAACCUUCAUGGAUGUGAAACAGUCAAACAAAAUGAAAAAUGUGCAUAUGCCUUUAUUGCUUUAUAGAAUUAUUUGCAGGUGAUGAGAUUUGACAGUAUGUAAGUUGAGCUAUUUUGUUUAUUUUUAUUGAACACAUUUUCAAAAAGUAGCGAGAGCAGUGGUUUUUGCAAUUGAUUACAGCUUUUUACUGGUUUCCUUUGUACAUAACUCCUUAGACGGCUCAUUUCUGCUUAAGAUAUGACUUAAUUUGUACAGCAGAGGAAUGUUAUUGUAUUAGUGUGUAACUAUUAACCUAAUAUUGAGGGUUUAUUAUUUUUAUUUUUUUUCCCAAAUGACUGUGCAUAUAUGAUUGAAUAUUUCUGCAGAUCACAAUAAUGCUGAUUUACUUGCAAAGAAAGUGUCAUCACUCCAGACAGGUUAACAUUAAGAACUAAAACCUUGUCAACUGGAGUCUAACGAGGCUAAAACCAAGGCCAACUGAAGAAGGUUCAUUUAUUCUUUUUUGAGAUUUUAAUUGGUCUUCAGAAAAAUGUCAAGUUCUGCAGUAGAAAACAAUGACAGUGGUUGAGCAUAUUUCUUUAUCGUAUAUCCUAAACAUUUGAGACAUUAUAAAGAUUCCAGUACAAUUGUUUGUUGCCUAAUUAGUAGUAAGAUGCAUUCAUUUGAGCACUUUAGCAAUAAUAAGGUAUUUAAAAUGUCUAUUCAGAUAUAUAUUCCACAGUUUUGGCUACUUUACUGUAUCUAAAUGCACAUAAAGUUCAUAAUGAAAAUUGGCACGUUUUUACCAGUGUCAAAAUCAGUGUCUUCUAUAUGUGUGAAGUUGUUUUUUCAGCUUUAUUUAAUACAUUUUCUUCAAUAUGCUUUGUAAAAUGAAGGUGCCAAAAAAAAUAUGCUGCAUCCUUUAAGUACAUUUUAUUUGCUGCCAUAAACCUUGUUGGAGAAAUGUUAGUGCAACCUAGAGCAAACUUGUAGUUUUAACUUCUGAGUGCUGUUUACAAUAGAAAUUCAAACUACAUAAAAGAAAAUCACAAAAGAUAAUUUCCUGUUUCGUGGAACCCCACUGACAUAAUGUAACUGAAUAUAAAUGAACAAAAUGUGUUCAUUAUAAAGCCCCAUGCUUUCUACCUAGAACUAGUUCCUGAAAUGUGAAAUAAAAUGGUGCAAAAAAGAGCAUUAUAUAUAUAAUAAAAAAUAAAAUAUAUAUAUCUCCUAAGCUAAAACAAAAUUAUUAAAUUGUAACGCUAUAAAAGGCAUUUCCCAUUGCAUAUAUUUAUAAUGCCAUGUUCUGCAAAUUAAAAGGGUAACUGCAGAAUAUUCACCAAACUGUUGUACUGGAGUCUGAAACUGACAAGAAAGAAAUGUAGUUUGUAUUAAAAAAAAGUCUGCUUUGCCGUUGUGUGACCCAGCAAAAAAAAAAAAAAAAAAAAAAAAGCAUUUCAUGUCUAUUAAGAAAAUUACAAUUAUUGUCAAACAAUCUGGCUUCCCAACCCUCCAAAAAAAAACAAAAAAAAAAACAACAAACAAUAAAUUUUGAAUACAUUGAUCAUUCAUUUUUUAUUCUUAUUUGUAUUUAUUUUCUGUGUUAUUAUUUUUCAUAAUAAGAUAAAUAAGAUGUUUGUAGAGGUUUCCAGCAAUGUCUUAAGGCUCACGUAUUAUGGUCAUGUGACUUUGGUUUCUGGAUGAUUGACAACCAGACACUUGGAGACAGUGUCUUCACAUUUGGAUUACAGCUGUAUUCCAUUUUACCCAAUCAAGUUCCAUUAUCGGUGUUGUCCAAUAAAAAUGAACAUUUCACUGCCUCCUCUAUUUUAUACCAGUGACACACACCACACACAUUUGGCACACAGUUAUAAUCUUAUUCUUUAUGAUUAAGCUGGUUCUCGUGAUUACAGCAGUUUUGCAACCACAUUUGUUGUAAUCUCAGGCUGUUUUAUAUUAUUGUUUUAAAAUAUAUUAUUGAAAAGAGGAAUGGAUUAUAGAUACCAAAAUUGUCAACCUUCCCAGAAGUAUCCAUACAUGAAAACAGUGCAGUACUGCAUGUCCCUGGUCCUUCCGUUUCACUGGACUAUCCUGCUUACUCAAAUUGAAACGUAUUCUUUGAGGUGAUGGUUCUCAGUCUAUAGCAGACAGGUGCAAUUGUGGCACAAAUAACUCAUACCUGUUUCUGUAAAUGUUUGGAACUCAUAUUUUUAAUUAAGAAAAAAACGUGUUUACACUUACUUGCACCAAUGCUUUAGUUCAAUGUUGCUGUUAUGAAUGUCUAUGCUGAGCUUCAUUAUUGUCGGUAUACUGACUGUGAUUAACUUUGUAGUAUGGGCAUGCAUUAGCACUGAUGACAUAGUUUGUGCAGUACUUUAGCUAUUUAAGGCUAACCACUCAGGUUAAUGGUUUCAGCAAAUCCAAUUAGACACUGUAGCUUUAGGAAUGUAUGUGGUUUCUAGCCUGGCAGGAUGCUGCCAAUUUGAAAAUACAAUUUAAAAGUAAUAACCAACCAGCAUUUUCUCUGUCUACCCAGAUUGUAAUUGCAAUUGAUUAAGUGCCAUUUAGAGCAGUCAGACGAGAGUCUGCCUCUUAGCUGGCAGAAUUUCUGAUUCUAGAAAGCAUUGUAAAGCUUCCACUAAUUUUCCUAAAUUGAAAUACAUUUUGCAUUGUACAUUUUAUAUGUAAAAAAAAAAUGCAAUUAGGGCAACAUGGUAAAAAUAUGUAUUUCAAUAUUAACUCAUUUUCAUUAAGAAAUAGUUCUGUUGUCAGAUUUUGUCCUACAUACAGACUAUACUCAGUGAAAGAUAAUCUUUUCAUUGCUGUCAUCUGAGAUUGCUUCUCUUAUGCCUGUGUUUGACAGAAAUACAAUGAGUUUUGGUUGUAAAUCUCCCUCCCGACCUGUGAGGGCGCUAAGCAGCGAAAGUAGAGUUCUUUGGAUGGGCUGGCCUGACAGUUCUUUCCCCGGGCUGGGAAGUUGGUCAGUCUGGAAGAAGGGGAGACUCAGUUGCAAAAACGUAUUGACCCGGAAUGGAAAUGACGUAGCAGCUGCAGAUAGUAGACAGCUGCACUCGUUUACCAAGGGGUCAUGCGUGAUAGCAUAAAAGGGGACAGAGAAUCACAAUCUACUCCUUCGCUUUGUUUUUUAGACACGAGAGACUGGAAGGACCGGGAGAAACCCCUAAAAACAGAAAAGUAUUUUGUUUAUUUUGUCACUGUUAGUAAUUGUCUUUUGUUUUUGUAAAUCACUAAACUGCUAACAUGUAUCCGGAGCUGUCGGCUUGGGCCAGCACUACCCGGAACAACACUACACCACGAGCACUACUGCACACACCCAGACUGGUGACCGUGUACUGUAUUAUUGUGGGGUGGAUAACGUGUGUUUAUUAUUUGGACUGCAAUCCAUUUAUUAUUGUUUCUUCUGUGCUUUACAGAUUGGUGUGUAUUGCCGGAGGUUUAUUGUUUGGUCGCCAGACCGGGAGUUAUAAAUAAAAGACCUCCUUUUCCAAACGGA